UGCGCAUCGCGGCUGUGGAUGUGCUCUUCGCAAUGCUGGGCCCGCCUGUGCAAUGAAUGCAUAGGGCCGCGUCAUGGUUGACGAUGGUAGGACUAGAGGUUGCACUCUUUGAGAAGAGAGUAGGAGUAUAAAGGUGGAAUCGAAGGUACUGUUUAGAGACCACCACUCACUCACUGAUCUCCCUUCUUCUUCGCUUCAACAACACCUCCCGCGCAUUUUCAGUACAGCUUUCUUUCGCUUCUCAUCUUCUCUGAAGCUUCGAUUCGCAUCCUUCCUUCAAAAUGGUCAACUUCAACCGCAUCGCUUGCGCAUUCGCCAUUGCCGGCUUGGCCUCGGCCCAAAGCUUCACUCCCUCUGGCUCUCUACCCCCGCCUCCUCCUACUGGCGUGGCGAAAGGAUCCGGUCGUCCUUUCCCGAGCGGUGCUAAACCAUCUGGUCCACCACCAUCUGGCACACCUCAACAGCGCCCAAGCGGCUCACCUGGCGCGCAGGUUGCUGCUCAGAGCGACGAAGCUCCUCCUCCAUUGCCGAGCGGCGCAGUGCCAACGGGUCUUCCGUCUGGCUCACCACCCCCGUUGCCUAGCGGCGCCAGCCUGAGUGGCGCCCCGCGUCCUCCGCCCUCUGGCACUCCACCUUCUGGCACUCCGCCAGCUGGCGCUCCAAGCGGUAUCGGACGACGACAACAAAGCGAUGCUCCCGCGCUGAGCGGACCCGCGCCGAGCGGACCCAUGCCGAGCGGACCUCUACCGAGCGGAAGCCCGCCCCCAAUGCCUUCCGGCUCACCACCUUCAAUGCCCAGCGGAUUGGCUAAAGGAUCUGGACCCGUACCGAGCGGUCAGCGCCCAACCGGCGCUCCGCCGUCCGAUGCUCCCCAGCCGACGGGGCCUCCACCUUCAGGCGCUCCUCUCCCCACAGACGCGCCCGCACCUAGCGGGUUUAUCACCAAGCGACGCACCUAGGGGAACACUUUUAUGAGGCGUCCGACAAUCGUUCUGAUCAUGGCACAUAUUGUGAUUGGUCCUCCCUCAGCAGACAUGUAUAUAGGAAGAAAAAGUUCGCAGUUUCAGCAUCGUUCGUUUGUCUUGUAUCGUUUUGGCAUAGCAUCGUUGAGUACGCACAGUUACACUCGUUUAUAGUUUAGGCGUUUAUCUGUUCUUGGUGUAUUGUAUAUACUGAAACCCUACCUAGGGGUGAUCGGCUCGAAUAUGGGAAGGUCUGAGAAAUCCCUAUAGAACAUGAAUGGACUCUUUCAUCUGA